AUGUCGCCCAACACCGCAGACGACGCUCUUUCAUAUAAUUUUCAGAAGGCAUGCAUUGAUGGUAACCUUCGGGCAGUCCAGAGGGCUCUCGCCAGCGGAAGACUCUCUGCUAAGGAUCUUGACACUGGACUAAGGAUCAGUACUAAAGAGGCACAUCCGGACAUAGUAGCAGCUCUCUUUGAGGCAGGUGUGCCUAUGUCGCCAAAUGCAAUAGGCUGCCUCUGUGGGAAUGAUGCGAAACAGGACCCGCGCGUCAUUCGCCUCUACUUCGAUCGUGGUCUGAAGCCUAGUGAUUGUAUUACGACUAAAGGCGAGCCUCUUUUACGAUUUUAUUCGGUUGACUGUGCCCGGGAAUUACUCGAGCGAGGCGUCGACCCCAACCGCUGCGGUCCGAGAAAGAUAAGCCCCCUCUCCAGCUCUCUUGACCUGGUUCACGAGGACAACGGGUCUACAUUCGAAUUACUUGUGAAAUAUGGGGCGAAGAUGGAUCCCGGUCUCUUGUUUGAUGCUCUUGUUUGGAGCAGCGAUGCAGCUAUCAAAUUUCGUUUCCUUCUCUCCAAGGGUCUUGAUCCGACCACGACAAUUUCUGCAGAAUGGGGCACGCCGCUACAUGUUGCAGCUCUCUUCGCCGAUAAGGAGAUUAUUAGAAUGCUUCUCGACUUGGGAGCAGAUCCGAACUCCCGAUCAUACUGUAUGAAGUUCAAAAAUAAAACCCCCGUGGAAGUCGCCGAGUGGAAGAUGCGAGCUUCUCAUGAAGGCUCUUCUAUGAAGGGUAUGUAUCAAAGUGUCAUAGAGCUUCUCGGAUCUACACAGAUCGGAGUCUCUCUUCCUACAGUUGCUGCGUCGGAGAGGUCAAAUACCGAGAGCGAUACGGAGCCCCCUGCCGCGAAUAGAACGGAAAUCAACGAACGACUCAAUGCUGUCGACACUGGAUUGUCAGGUUCUUUAACGGGUGACUCGAAUUGGACUGGCUCCCAAAAGACCCAGAAUACCCGGAAGACACGAAUUCCAGGGGAAGGCAGCGUUAGUAGCCGGACACGCAGUCGUACCAAGACUGUCCCUUAG